CUGGCUGAGAACACCAGUUAAAUAUAGCACAGUAGAAACUACUCCACAAAGUCUGUACUCUAACAGAUCCUAAGGAGAGCAAAAGAGAGGAAACAUUAUCUCAGAACCACACUGCAAAAACCCCAACAACACCUUGCAACAGAUGAAUUGAAAAGUAAAAAAAAAAUCCAAAAGUCUGGGUGGGAGCAUGUGUGACCUCCUCCUUCUGUGACUGGGAAAUCUGCAUGUAGCCAUUAGCACAAUUUAGCUCAGUUUAGAGUGGGGUAAAGUCAUCUUUAGUUAGCUGGAUGCUAUCUGUGCUCCAGUAGUACAAGGGCUUACUGUUACUUGUAGUCCACAAAAAGCUAUACCCAAUACAGGACCAUAGUGACGGACAUAUUCUCUGGUACAUUUUGGAACGGUCAGGUUGGAAUGAGAUCUCGAAACCAAGGUGGAGAAAGCUCAGCUAUUGGGCGACUCUCCAACUGCAACAAUGGGAAUGCGUUGGAAGAUGAGAACCUCAGUGGUGAUGGCAAAAACAAGAAUAAAACCCAGAAAAAUAAAGAUGGAGAUGGGUCGGUCUCUGGGACUGUUAAGAAACACAUGAAAUCUACUGGUGUUUGUGACAGAAGAAACAGGAAACUACAAGAACCAUCCAAAGAGGAUCUAGUGAAGCUUCUGAGCGUUAUGGAAGGAGAGUUGCAGGCUAGGGAGGAUGUUAUCCAUAUGCUAAAGACAGAGAAGACUAAACCCGCAGUUUUAGAAGCUCAUUAUGGGUUCUCGGCUCCGGAGGAUGUACUACGGGUACUGCACAGGGAUGCUCUUCUUGCAAAAGAAAAAUCCAUAGGAGAAGAUGUCUAUGAAAAGCCAAUGGCAGAGUUGGACCGACUUGAAGAAAAGCAGAAAGAAACAUACCGGCGCAUGUUAGAGCAGCUGCUUCUGGCAGAGAAGUGCCAUCGUAGAACUGUCUAUGAACUAGAUAAUGAGAAGCGGAAGCACACCGACUACAUGAACAAGAGUGAUGACUUUACCAACUUGUUGGAGCAGGAACGUGAAAGGUUAAAGAAGUUACUGGAACAAGAGAAAGCUUAUCAGGUGCGAAAAGAUAAAGAAUAUAACAAGCGACUCAAUAAAGUCCGAGAUGAGCUAGUAAAGCUCAAGUCAUUUGCACUGAUGCUAGUGGAUGAGAGACAAAUGCAUAUUGAACAGCUUGGACAACAAACUCAAAAGAUACAAGAUCUUACUCAGGAACUUCAAAAAGCAGAGUCCAAACUGAAAGCAGUUUGCGCUAAAGCCAACGAAGACAGCCAAAAAGUUGUUAAACUGGAAUUGGACCUUGAGCAUAAAGUUUCCAAGUAUUCUCAGGAACAUGAAGAAAUGACUGCAAAAUUGGUUACUCAAGAGUCCAAUAACCGUCAUCUCCGUCUAAAGCUGGUUGGUCUCAAUCGCAAAAUCGAAGAAUUAGAGGAAGCAAAUAGGAACCUUCAAAAAACAGAUGAGGAGUUAAAAGAGUUAAGAGAAAAAAUAGCCAAGGGAGAAUGUGGAAAUUCAAGUUUAAUGGCAGAAGUAGAAAAUUUAAGAAAGCGAGUUUUAGAAAUGGAAGGGAAAGAUGAGGAGAUAACAAAGACAGAAUCACAAUGUAAAGAACUCCAAAAGAAACUCCAUGAAGAAGAACACCACAGCAAGGAGCUAAAACUGGAGGUGGAAAAAUUACAGAAAAGAAUGUCUGAAUUAGAAAAAUUAGAAGAGGCAUUUAUGAAAAGUAAGUCAGAGUGCACUCAGCUUUAUGUGAAAUUGGAUAAAGAAAAAGCCCAAACAAGGGAAUUGGUGAAGGAAGUUGAAGUGGUGAAGGGUCGAGUUAAAGAACUUGAGUUGGUUGAAGGAAGACUGGAAAAAGCAGAACACAGUUUAAAAGAUGACUUAACUAAGUUAAAGUCUUUCACUGUUAUGCUCGUUGAUGAAAGGAAAAUCAUUAUGGAAAAGAUAAAACUAGAGGAAGGAAAGGUUGAUGAACUCAACAAGGACUUAAAAGUUGAACAAGGAAAAGUUAUGGAGGUAACAGAAAAACUUAUAGAUGAAAGUAAAAAACUUUUAAAACUAAAGUCAGAAAUGGAAGAAAAAGUGUAUAACUUGACAAAAGAGCGAGAUGAGUCAAUCGGCAAACUAAGAACUGAAGAAGAGAAAAACUGUGAACUAACUUGCAGGGUAAACCUGCUGAUGAAAAGAAUAGAAAGCAUGGAAGUUUCAGAAAGGGAAGCAGCACGAAGCAGAGCAAAGAAAUGUUUUGAGGCUAUACAUCAAGAAGACAAUAAGACAAAAGAGUUGAUUUUAGAAAUUGAAAGACUUAGAAAUCGUCUUCAACAGCUUGAAGUUGUUGAGGGAGAUUUGAUGAAAACAGAGGAUGAGUAUGAUCAGCUAGAAAGAAAAUAUAGAACUGAGCAAGACAGAGCUAAUGUACUCUCUCUGCAGCUUGAAGAGCUGAAAAGUCAAAUAGCAAAGAACAAAGCUAUUGAGAAGGGAGAAGUUGUAAGUCAAGAGGCUGAACUUCGGCAUAGAAUCCGAGUAGAGGAAUCUAGAAACAGAGACUUAAGAGCAGAAGUACAAGCACUCAAAGAGAAAAUUCAUGAUAUGAUGAACAAAGAAGAUCAGCUUUCACAACUUCAAGUUGAUUAUUCAGUCCUUCAGAAAAGGUUUAUAGAAGAAGAAAAUAAAAACAAAACUAUGGGACAAGAUGUAUUGAAUUUGACAAAAGAGCUAGAACUAUCAAAGAGAUACAGUCGUGCUAUAAGGCCAAGCAUGAAUGGGAGAAGAAUGGUUGAUGUUCCCGUGACAUCUACAGGGAUCCAGACAGAUGAAAUAAGUAUUGAAUCAUUUGAGGAGGAGACCCCAGCAGUGUUUAUCAGGAAGUCCUUCCAAGAAGAGAAUCACAUCAUGAGUAAUUUACGGCAAGUCGGACUUAAAAAACCUGUAGAUAGAUCGCCUGUUCUGGAAAGGUAUCCACCUGCAGCAAAUGAACUGAACAUAAGAAAAUCAUGGAUACCCUGGAUGAGAAAAAGAGAAAAUGGCUCUCCUAGUUCUCCAGUUAUACCAGAAAGGGCAAUUCGACCAAAUCCUAGCAUUGGGCGCUCAGGUGAAGUAUUCCUUUCACCAAAACAAGGUCAACCGCUACAUAUAAGAGUAACACCAGAUCAUGAAAACAGCACAGCCACUUUGGAGAUAACUAGCCCACCUUCUGAGGAUUUCUUUUCAACCACCACAGUAAUACCAACAUUAGGUAAUCAAAAACCACGGAUUACAAUCAUUCCUUCUCCAGGUGUUAUGAACCAGAAAGGAAAAGGUGCUGAUAGCUCCAUGCAUCCAGAAAGAUCUAUGUCCCCUGUCACAAUAACAACUUUCUCACGGGAAAAAUCUGCUGAAACCGGCAGAUCCAAUUUUAGUGAAAGGCCCACAUCUCCCAUUCAGAUACUUACUGUGUCAACAUCUGCUGCAUCUCCAGAGAUAUCUGUGUCUCCAGAUUCUCAAGAAAUGACUAUGGGACGUGCUGUAUUUAAGGUUACUCCUGAAAAACAAACUGUGCCAACUCCAAUAAGGAAAUACAAUUCUAAUGCAAACAUAAUUACAACAGAGGAUAACAAAAUUCAUAUACAUUUAGGUUCUCAGUUUAAAAGAAAUCCUGGUAGCUCCUCAGAUGGGGCAACACCUGUUAUAACCGUUAGACCUUUAAAUGUUGGUACAGAAAAUGUGGAGGUUACAACUGGUACUGUACUUCGAUCCCCAAAGACCAAUUUGUCUGUCAGGCCUACAACAAACAAAGUGACUAGUUCUAUAACCAUAACUCCUGCCACAACAUCUUCUACACGUGCAACCCAAUCAGUGACAACACAGGAUGGGUCAUCCCAACGCCACACCCCUACCCGAAUUCCCAUGUCAAAAGGUAUGAAAGCAGUAAAGCCAAUAAUGGCAGUGCCAGGAGCAGGAAAUCUGUCAAAAUUUGAGCCACGUGGCGAGAGUCAGUCUAUGAAAAUAGAAUUGAAGAAAUCGCCAGCCAGCAGCUCUUCUCCUUUCGGAGGGGGGAAGGGCUGAGGCUAAAUCUCAGGGAGAGCAUUAUUAUCCAUCAGCUACGCAUGAACACAAGAUGACGUACGAGAGGGAGCAGGAAUUGAUGCACUUCUACUGAACACAGUUUUAUGGAUAUUUUCUUGAGUACAAAUUCAGAGACUACGUUUAUACCAAGUUUUAUGCUACUGACGCAUCAAAGAAAAUAUCUAUUUUGUUUUUUAAUAUUGCAAGUGUUUUAAAAAAAUAUUUCCUAUCUGCAGGAUUCUAUUUUGUGCAAAUUCUGUGAGUUUCUGGAAAAUGUAUAGCUACAAAAUUUUUAAGUUAUUUUAUACUUUUCAGAAGUUUGUUCAAGUGGCUUUUCCUCCAAUAUUGUAUUUUUAUAUUAAACCUGCAUAGCUUUCAAGCUUAUCCCCCAGACAGAAUGGUAUCGACUAAAAUUAUUAUUUGAAGAUUUUUCGAUGCAGGUUAAAGCAAUACAUUUAAUGGAGCAAAAUAAAAGAAAAAACACUGUGCUGUGUGUGAAUGGAUACCAAUAAAAACUUUUGGUGUUUGCA